AUGCUGUACCUCGUGGGCCUCGGCCUGUCAGAUGAGACCGACAUCACAGUCAAAGGUCUUGAGGUUGUGAAGAAAGCCUCGCGCGUCUACUUGGAGGCAUACACAAGCAUUUUGCUCGUGGACCAGAGCGUCCUGGAAUCCUACUAUGGUCGCUCGAUAAUAGUCGCGGACCGUGAGAUGGUCGAGUCCAACAGCGACGAGAUCCUCCGGGACGCAGCCAACGUUGACGUUGCUUUCUGUGUCGUGGGCGACCCCUUUGGCGCAACAACCCACACUGAUCUGAUCCUGCGUGCGCGCGAGCUCGGAAUUCCUGUUAGCACUAUUCCCAAUGCCUCUAUCAUGUCUGGCAUCGGCGCGACGGGUCUUCAGCUGUAUAAUUUUGGCCAGACAGUCAGCAUGGUUUUCUUCACGGAAAACUGGCGGCCGGCCAGCUUCUAUGACCGCAUCAAGGAGAACCGUGAUAUCGGACUUCACACUCUGGUGUUACUGGAUAUUAAAGUCAAGGAGCAGAGCCUGGAGAACAUGGCACGGGGGAGACUCAUUUACGAGCCGCCACGCUUCAUGACCGUCAGUCAGUGCGCGCAGCAGAUGCUUGAGAUCGAGGAGGAGAAGAAAGAAGGUGUGUAUGGCCCAGAUAGUCUGGCUAUUGGUGCUGCGCGGGUGGGUGGCAGAAGCGAGAAGUUCGUUGCUGGUACUCUGAAGGAGUUAUGCGACAGCGAUGAGGCUCUGGGCGCACCUUUGCACAGCAUGGUGCUUCUUGGCAAGAGAGCUCAUGAACUGGAGAGGGACUAUGCGAGAGAAUUCGCUGUUAACAAGCAGACUUGGGAUCAGCUGUGGGCCCAACACUACGGAAAGCAAUGA